CCUGGUCCCUUGCCCCCGUUUUUUUACAGUUGGCCAUUCGAGGGCUGACUGGCUUGCUGUACAUACGGCACAUCCCAGCAGCGGUCAGUGCAUGCUGAAGCACGACAAAUCUUCCGAGAGAGCAAGCGGACCCAUUGAUCCAGUGGAAUCUACUCGUAUCUGCAUCAGUGCCAGCGGCCACUCGCAUCUGCCCUCCCUCUUGCAUCCGCUGGAUCCUGCCACAUCGAAGAGGCGACCUCAAGGAGCGCAUUUUAUGCCUCCAAUAGAGUGGCCAUGCACCCGUUUCCGCUUGAGCGCACAUCGCUGACUUCAAAGAAUGGACAGGCCGAGGAGAGAAGCGAGCCAAAGGAUGAGCCGCGGCGGCAGCAACACCAUUCGCCAGCUAUCACACCGGAUUUGGAACAGGAGCCAGCACCAGCAGCAGUACCAGCACCAAUACCAGGGCCAGCAUCGACAUCGUCAUCAUCAUCGUCGAGGCCUGCAUCGACGCUGUCAUCGGAGCCACCAUCGCAGCAGUCUUCGCCCGCGUCGGCAUCGCCGCGGACUUCUGAUGCCUUGGAACCCAGGCAUCCGGAAGAUGCAUCGACGGCAUUCCGGGGGCUCGGCCAUCUUCCGGCCUUGACGAACGCCCCAAAGCCUCCGCAGGACAUGCUUAACGAGCCCAGAACCUCGCUGGCCCUCUCCAACAUGGCUACGGCCACCUCCUCGCCUCGCUCCUCACGGACCUCGCCGCCCGUGGUGUUGAGACGACCACAAAAGCCUGAUCUUCAAAACCAAUUGACGCCUGCAUCGGCAGAUUACUCGACCGCAAUGCGGCUGCAGUCAAAACGGCGCUCCUUCCAUGAGCCGAUGGACGUGGCUCUCCCCAUCUACCACCGCGAGCCCUCGAGCGAGCAUCUCCCUCCAAGCGGCGCCGUCGCGUUGGAUGCCAUCAUCGGACGCAGAGAAUCGGUCCGCCGAAAGAGUCUGGCGGUCAGUCUCAUGGACCAGGACACCAGCAAGCUGUGGAAAGCACAAGAGGUCAAGACAGAAGAAUCUCACAUGCGAAUGCGGCGCAAGUCCAGCAUAUUUGCUGCCUCCGAGGCUCAAGGAGGCUUCAAGAGCAUUCUCACCCGAGUGAACGAUACCUACGACCUGAACCAACUCACACCAACCACGGGGUUUAUCACCAUGCUUAAUUCGUCCCGCAACUCUUGUGCGCGAUCUUCUGCGGCAGUCCGAAGUAUAUCGGGCGAUAUUGGAGCAACAUCCGCAACGGAGCUGGCCGUCGUGAAGCGUUUGGCGCCGCGGGACAACAUGGAGAGCUUUUCGCCCGAGUCCCUGCCACCAUCGGCACCGAUAGCAGCCGGACGUGGGCCGCUCAUUUCGAUCCCCGAUCCGGAGGAGGAGCUUCUGCAAAAGCACCCAGAGAAACUGGGCGAUGAGAUCAAGUCGGCACGCACACUGGGCAUCAGCGUCGUCCACAAGCGCUCGCAGCUGACGACAGAGGCCCUCGAGGAGCAUAACAAGAGCCUAUCCAGUUUAUCGAGCCUGAUACAGCAGAAGCUCACCGACCACCACAAUUCGCAGGAGAACCUGCCCCAGGAAGACCGGGUCCGAGCUAGCUCUCGUUCCUACCACAAUCUCAUCGAGGAACUGCGACGUGGUAUCAUUUCUCCACUACAGACCUCGGACGAGCAUUUGAACAAGAGCCACAAAAGUCUUGCAGAUGUAGUCGACCGGAGGAGUGAUGAGACGCCAGAACUGAAUCAGCAUAUGGAAAGAAUGGCGAAAGCAAAAAAGAUCGAAAACUGGAUUGAAACAACGCACGAUGCUGAAGACUGGCAGGCCGGAAGUGCGCCGGCUCUGGUGAUAGAAGGCGUCUCUGAUCGAGCACAGAGCCUCCCAGAGCCACCGAAACCGCCAGCGCAACUGUCCGCAUGGUCAAAUCUGUUGGUUGGAUCGCCCACGACCCCGUUAAUGCGCUCACGAGAGCCAUCCAUCAACCUCAAUUCGUUACAGAGCUUUGGUUUGGACGACAAGCCACGUCUCAGUGUCAACGCAAACUUGGGCCAGUCUCCGGACGCACAGUCUCAGGAUGUGUUUUCUCCACACGACACAAGCUUUCGGACCUUCGACUAUCCAGGCCAUCCCAACAUCCCGACCAUCGAGAUCGCUGGCGAUGUCGAAGCAGAGAUGUCCGAUGCUGAUCAACCCGACGGCGGUCGCGAGCGCGAGAUCAACGUUCUGGAUUCUCUCGCCGAGCAUGGCGUUGUGUUCCAGUCACUCAGUCCUGGCCUCACCAACCGUGGCAGAUCCAGCAGUGUCAUAUCGUCCAUGUCGAUCAAGGCCGGAAGCAGCCGCGUCAGUACCCAUAAAAACCUGGAGAUCCCGAGCGCACCUGUCUAUCUGGACAUCAUUAGUCGCAUGAAAGCCACGCAGUCACACGAGCACGGCGAAACGGAGAGCAAGCUCAAAGACAUUGGAAGCGUGGUGAAGGUUCUGACUGAGCUGAAGAAGGCCGGUGAGAACCUCGAACUCGCGAAACAAACAGACACAUCCACCUUGCAGAUGAUCCUCAAACUCAAAAAAUGGGCCAAAGAAAAAGUCAACGCCAAGGAGAAAGAGCGACCGCGCAAGGAGUAUCUUGCCGCAGUCGAGGCCCAGUCAGCCGUCGACGUCCCCCAAAACAUCCACCUGAACCUCAUCAAGGAGACGGUCCCGCUCAUCGAGGGAUUCGUGAAAACAUACCGUCUGCAGCUUGGUGAGCGGCAUGAGUACACGGUUGGAUGUACGGAGCAUCUCAAGAAGCUCCAGGACAAACUGGCAAGCGGCAGCUUUACCACGGACGACCUGAUGAACGAGGAGGAGGAGACUAUGGCAGCCAAUGCGCUGGUCUUGAACAUGCAGCACAAGAUUCUAGCACGGAGCCACGCCAACCUCGGCAGCCAUGGCAGUGUUGCAGACCACACAAAUAUUGGCAGCCGCGGGACUCUGGCAAGCAAGGCCGGUCUGGGAAGCAAGAAUAACCUCGGCAGCAAAGGCAACAUUUCGAGCCACACGAGCCUGGCCAGCAGUAGCGAUAUCAUCGUUGCCAGCGCAAUCUACCGGCGAAAGAGCAGUCGCAACAUUGAGCUGCUUCAAAAGUCCCAAUCCAGGACCAACAAAGUUGCUCCCAUCAGUGAGUCUGGCGAGACACACGAGCGGAGAGGCGAAACCAUCGUCCGGAUGGGGUCGGGCACCGGAUCCAGCAGGAGAGCACCUGUUACCCGAAGAUCCACUCUAGGGGUCAUACAAGGAGACGAGCAAUUCAGCUACGCCACGACCGGGGACUGAGAUUUGCAGUGGAGCCGACCUAAAGCACCCAGGUCUGUGCGAGCCAGGAGAAACAUGUAUCAUACGGCCUGUUGGGGGGGGCCGAACGAGUCGCUUUGUCAGGAACACUCGAUGUACGAAAUACACUUGGCCCCGAUCGAAGGGAG